GUAGAUGGAACCAAAUUGGCUGCGGUCAACUUCUCCGGGCGAGAAGGAUGCCCGGAAGAACCAUUAUAAGCUUUAAGCCUUUUAACACCUCUCCCACUAAGAUUCUCAUCAGUUAAUUGAUUCUCCAGCGAGUCAUGGCUCCGCCGUUGCCUAUCCUCCAUCUCCUCCUCCUCCUCCUCCUCCUCCUCCUAUCUCUUCGGCUCUCAUCCUCAGAUCUGCUGAGCCUCAGAAGGGGCUCCUCCCUUUCCGUCGAGAACCCCUCCGACGUCCUCGUCUCGCCGGCUGGAGCCUUCUCCGCCGGGUUCUUCGGGGUCGGCGAAAACGCCUACACUUUCGCUAUAUGGCACGGCGGGCCUAACUGCACCGGCCCCAGCUGCGUCCCCGUCUGGAUGGCCAACCGCGGCGUCCCGGUCAACGGGAAGGGCUCGAGGCUGUCCCUGACGGACAACGGGAACCUAGUCCUGUCCGACGCCGGCGCCUCCACGGCGUGGUCUUCGGACACCGUUCCCUCCAAGGCGGCGAGGUUGCAGCUCAACGACACGGGGAACCUCGUCCUUGCUGGGGAGAACGGCGAGGCUCUUUGGCAAAGCUUCGAUUUUCCCACCGACACUCUUCUCCCGACGCAGGUCAUGAAGAGGGACACCGUUGUCAUCUCUUCCCGAAGCAGGUCCAAUUACUCUGAGGGCUUCUACUCGCUCUACUUCAACGACGAUAACGUUCUCCACCUCAUCUUCAAUGGCCCCACCUUUUCCAGCAGCUACUGGCCCUUCCCGUGGGCGCGGCCCCAAGAUCUCGGCCGGUUCGUCUACAACAGCAGCAGGUCCGCGGUCCUAGAUCCGCUCGGCUACUUCUUGUCCUCUGACGAGUACAAGUUCUACUCUUCCGACUAUGGAGUAGUCAUACCCCGAAGGCUGACGGUUGAUCCUGAUGGGAAUCUGAGGGUGUACAGCCUCGAUACGGCUACUAAAAACUGGUCGGUCUCGUGGGAAGCCUUCUCCAACAUCCCUUGCUUCAUCCAUGGAGUUUGCGGCAAUAACAGCCUGUGCAGCUAUGAUAGGACUCUAGGCCGGAGCUGCUCCUGUGUCCCUGGAUAUGAAAGGGUGGACCCCGACGACUGGUCCUUGGGGUGCAGGCCGACUUUCGAGCUCUCUGAUAGCUGCGGCAGUGAUGUGGGGUUCGUGAAGGUCCUCUAUGUAGACUUCUAUGGAUAUGAUUAUGAUACCGUCCCGAACACGACCCUCGACAAUUGCCAGAAAAUGUGCGCUGAGUCCUGCAGCUGCAGAGGCUUCCAGUACACCUUGUCUAGCUCCGAUACCCAUGACGCCUAUGACUGUUACCUGAAGAUCGAGCUACUUAACGGGCACAAUCUCCCGAGCUUCUCGGGCGAGUUCCACCUGAAAGUCAAUAAGUCGGUCACCUUCACCACAGAUCAGCUUGAGAGGCGGACGCGAUACAACUGCACCGGGGUACAGAAGGAAGUGCUUGACAGGAGGUACCCUCAAAAGGGCAAGAAUGGGGUCGUCAACUUCAUGCUCUGGUUUGCCAUUGCAGUUGCAGCAAUCGAGAUUCUUGUCGUUUUUGUGGUUUGGUUCUUCUUCUUCAGGAACCAGCAGGAUAUCACAGCAGCGAGCCACAGUUACUUUCUUGCAGCUACUGGGUUUCAGAGGUUCACUUACGAUGAGCUCAAGAAGGCCACUAAGAACUUCAGCCAAGAGAUCGGGAGAGGAUCAGGAGGGAUUGUAUAUAGAGGCGUUUUGCCCGAUAAUCGUGUGGCAGCAGUAAAGCUAUUGAAUGAAGCAAUUACGGGAGAGGCUGACUUCCUAGCCGAAGUGAGUACAAUCGGGAAGCUUAACCACAUGAACUUGAUCGAGAUGUGGGGAUACUGUGCAGAGGGAAAGCACAGGCUCUUGGUUUACGAGUACAUGGAACACGGGUCAUUAGCAGAGAAUCUCUCAUCCCAGGAGCUUGACUGGAGGAGAAGGUCCGAUAUUGCACUAGGGACUGCAAAGGGGUUGGCUUACUUGCACGAGGAGUGCUUGGAGUGGGUCCUUCACUGUGAUGUGAAGCCUCAGAACAUACUCCUGGACUCGGAAUAUCAUCCCAAGGUUGCGGAUUUUGGACUCUCUAAACUGAUGGAUCGAGGGAAGGGCACAAACUCGGACUUCUCGAGGAUAAGAGGGACCCGAGGUUACAUGGCUCCUGAGUGGGUUUCGAACCUGCCAAUUACAGCAAAAGUGGAUGUCUACAGCUAUGGGAUUGUGAUGCUGGAGCUGGUGACCGGAAUGAACCCUGCCACGAGCGUGCACUCCCUUGAGGGUAGAGGGGACGUGAAGCACAUCAGGCUCGUUACUUGGGCCAGGCAGAAGAUGCAGGAAUCAGCAUCGAACCCCUCUGGGGUAGACGAGAUGGUGGACCCAAUCCUUGAGGGGAAUUACAACAGGAAGAAGAUGGAGAUCCUUAUUCAAGUUGCUCUGCAGUGCGUGGCAGAGGACAAGGACACAAGGCCCACCAUGGGCCAAGUCGUGGAGAUGCUCCUACGGCACGACAACAAUGAUCUGUAAUUCCGGCAGCUGCUCCCGUUCUGGGGAUGGACAAUUGUGGCUCUUUCGAUUUUGUGGAACCUAAAAUUCACUUCCUUCAAUGUAAAACCUGAAUGAUUAUCGAGAGUGUUUGGCGACAUGAAAAUGUAGAUUGAUACGGGCUCAUACCACCUGAGGGAAGAAUCAGAAUACGCAACUAUGAUGAUCUCUCGGUCUCAGCUUAUGAUUUCCGUGUAGGAAACCGAAUUUAAUGCUGUAAUUAGCUUCUUGAAAGCAAUAAGUUUUGGAGCGGUAGUGUGAUUUUUAUGUGUGUAUGCACACAUUGUGAUCCAAUUAUUCUAUAUCCAACAUAUGCUCAUCAGAUGGAAUUCUCUGUUUCAA